ACCAAAAAUGAUUAUGCGAGGGCCUAAUUUUAAAGCAUAUAACUAAUGGGAGCUAAAUUAAUUUUCAGAAUGUGAUCUGCCAAUGUUCACACCUGAACAAAGAAGCAUUAUGAUCUAAAAUGCUUUGUAAGGGAGGAAAACUGAUAUGCCACCCAGGUGUUCAAUCCCUAUUACCAUGGCAGGAGCAGCAUCAUGAUGCUUCCACAUCCUUCCACCGGAAUGAGGAAGUUGGUUGGAGCUUAUGGGGAAGACAGAUGGAGGUAAUUAACAUGACGUCAAUCAAUCAAUCAAUCAAAUUUUAUUUGUAUAGCACAUUUCAGCAGCAAGGCAUUUCAAAGCGCUUUUCUCACCUGUCAAUCAUUCUAGGGCGUUUGUAAGCACGUGACCUCAGUUUGUCCAGAAGUGUGUGUUCCUUAUCUGGAGGAACUGGACCUGCCUAAACGGUGCCGGGGUUCGUCAUUACUUACUCAUAGAGAUUUCGGGGGAGAUGAUAGUAAAUUGUGAUUCAGUGUUGCCCAUGGGGAACAGCCGUUAUCCAGAGGGCGGACUACAGUUUAUUAAAUUUCCAAAACCCAAACGGAAUCUGGAACAAUGCAAGAGACGGAGGAAGGCCUGCAGCCUCAUGACCAGUUGAAUGAAACUGUGAUGACUGCAACUACCACAUGCUCAUCUGCACGAAGGUUCUUUGCCACUCUCUUCAUUAAUCCUAGAUGGAUUAUUGCAGAUUUAACAAAACUCGGCCAAAGAUCGGAUUAAAUCAGUAACAAAGCUGAGGGGAUGCAACAAGAAGAGACAUGAUAAGCAAGGGGCUGUGGCUCUGUCAGCAGCCAUUAGCGCUCACAUCAAAGUCUUGAGGAAAUCACUGCUGCUGAGAGCUGCCAUUAUAGUGCUGCUGGAGAAUCUGGGGUCCAGGUGCCGGAUCUGCAUCACGCCCCCCACCCCCACCCUACCUCACACACACAACUCUGAACGGAGACCGGAAGCGGACACCAACACCAUUCGUUCCACUGGGCCAAAUCUACACCUGUUUCUACUGCUAAUUAGCAAACAAUAAGCCUCUCUCCCUGAGAGGGCCACAUCCGCGGAGGUGCAGAGUCUUUGAGCACAGAGGGAGAAACAGCACGCCCGCAGGGUUGCCGGUACAGAACCUAGAGAGGACGGACGUGGAGAGGUUCUCCUUGGAUCAAAAGACCUCAGACAGUGAGAGGGGAUUCCUUAAGGUCAGGUGCCAAUGGUGAAAUGGAGUUUGUGUCGACUUGGAUCGUGUCUGCUUGGACUCUACCAUUUCUGUGUUUCUUUUGGGGCACGCAUGCCCAGCAGGCCUUCAGGACUGAGCCCAGGAACCUCACUGUGCGAAUGGGAGCCACAGCUGUGCUGAAGUGUGAGGUCCUCCGGGCCUCGGGGAUUGUGCAGUGGGCGAAAGACGGCUUUCUUUUGGGACCUCAGAGAAGCCUGCCAGGCUUCCCACGCUACAGCAUGAUUGGAAGGAGAGGACAGUAUAAUCUCAGGAUUGAAGAUGCACAACUUGAUGAUGAUGCCUUCUUUGAAUGCCAAGCCGGCCAAUCUGAGAGAAGUGAUGCUAUUGUCUCCAAUCCAGCCUUUCUCACAGUACAAAUUCCCCCAUCGAAGCCGUAUUUUACCACGGAUGUGACAGCACCCUGGGUGGCUGGAAAGAAGUACAUGGUUGAGUGCGUGGCCCCUGACGCAAAGCCUGGAGCUGAUAUCACUCUGUAUAAAGAUGGAGUCGAUCUGACAGGUGCGACGUCUUUUACCACAUCUGGCUCAAAGGAUAAGCUUCUGAACACGCACGCUGAAGUAACGGUCACUGCUCUGAGAUCUGACAAUGGGAGAGAGUUGACAUGCCAGGCCAACAAUGAAGCCGUUUUCCAGCCGGUGGUGACCACAGUGACCAUGAAUGUGUAUUAUCCUCCUGAGCCUCCAUAUAUUAUUGGUUUGGACAGAGACGUGGUUAAAGCAGGGAGUUUGCUCGUGUUGGAGUGUGUAUCCCAUGGUGGAAACCCCCUGGGCACUCUCCAAUGGACUAAGGAAGGCGAAGUUCUCUCAACAACCUGGGGAGAGCAAGUCGUGGGCCAGAAGUCCAGAAAUAUCCUCAGACUAAAGAUCACCCCUGCUGACAACCAGGCAGAGCUGAGCUGUGAAAGUGCCAAUAUUGUCUCCCUGUCUCCUCAGUCCAUCACCCGCAAAAUAACAGUGUUCUUCGGUCCUGCGAAGCUGAUGCUGUCGGGUUCGCUGGAGGCCAUCGAAGGGCAGGAGUUGACUCUGAGCUGCCAUGCGUCCUCGAGUAAUCCCCCCGUCCACAUUCGCUGGUGGCUGGGGCACAAGGAGCUCAGCAACACCUCUGUCACAACGGAAGAGGGAGAGAACGGAGGGAUAGCAACCACCUCCAAUGUGACCCACCAGGUCUCUCGGGAGGAGAAUGGACUGGAGCUUACCUGUGAGGCCUUUAAUAACGGCACACAUCUCUCCAAAAUCCAGGCGGCUAAGCUCACUGUAUACUAUCCUCCGCAAAAAGUUUUUAUUGAUUCACCGCCUGAGGACAUCCCUCUGCGCUCGGGCACCAGAGCCCUGCUUGUUUGCCACUCGGCUGGAGGGAAUCCUCCUGCGAAGCUUACCUGGUUUAAGGAUGGAAAAAAGGUUUCAGAUGCACAGCCACAGACGUCCUCUAAUAUGGUUGUAACUCGGGUGCUCAACCUGCUCCUGACGGCGAGUGACAACCAGGCUGCCUACCGCUGUGAUGCCACAAAUGAGGCAAAGAGAACAAUAUCAGCACAUGCUAAGCUACUGGUCCAGUUUACAGCCGUGAGUAUGAAGAUUACAGCCAAAGAAGAAGUGUUUUACCGAGGUCAGCAGAUGGAACUGGAGUGUCUUUCUGGGAGCAGCAACCCAAAGUCCGACAUUUCCUGGAAAGUGGGCCUAUUGAGAUUCCAGGGAGUUGCGGAGGCACCCAAGAAGGCUGAGUUUGGGGGCGUUUCUGUGCUCAGUAGGCUUCACCUGAAUCUGACUUCACAACACCACAACCAGAAGGUGAUCUGUCAGGCCUACAGUCCUGUGUUGGAAGAGGGAACUAGCACGUUUUACCAACUGAAUGUGCUAUAUCCUCCUGAAUUCAGUUCUGAGCAAGCAACAGAAGUCCAGGUGGUGGAGGAUGAUGUGGCAACCAUCCCCCUGAUGGUCUCAGCAAACCCCGAGGUGGUCUCCUGCAUUUGGCUUCGCCGCAAGCAGAUGCUGGUCAAAGGGGAAGACAUACGCCACCACUGGUCGGAUGACCACUCUCUGGAGAUUAGGAAUGUGACAAGAAGAGAUGGCGGACUUUACACUAUCAAAUGUGAAAAUGGUGAAGGUGUCAACGAAACCACUGUUAAGCUGGAUGUUUACUAUGCUCCGACUGUCAAGGCAGAGAAAGACCCUGUGUAUGUUAACCAGGGGGGAACAGCAGACCUGAUAUGUGUGGCAGAUGCCAACCCCAUUAUACCGGAGAUGUUCUCUUGGAAAUGGCUGGGAGAGGAAGAAUUGGAGAUGGGAGAGGAGACCAACGAAAACAAAUCAAGCUUGCUGACCAUUCAUAAUGUGACUCGGGCUCAUGCUGGUUUUUACCAGUGUACGGCCAGCAAUGGCAUAGCACUCCCUGGCAGUGUGGAAAUGAAGCUGGUGGUGCAAUUCACUCCGGAACUUCGGAAAGGACCCCAGUGGAGGAAGGUUGCCAGUCGAGGGGAUGGCACUGCCACUGCUGAGUUGGUGUGUCAGGCAGAGGGCAUUCCUCCUGUAGCGUUUACUUGGGAAAAGAAAGGGAUGCUCAUAGAUUUGGCAAAUCCCAGGUAUGAGGAGAGGACAGCGAGGGAUGGCUCUUUCCACACCAGUACUCUGCGAGUGGUGAAUGUGAGCGCCACUCUGGACUAUGCCGUCUUCAGCUGCACUGCUCGCAACUCACUUGGGGAAGACAAGCUAGACAUCCAGCUCGUCAGCACAACUCACCCAGAUCCACCUUCGUCAUUUAGUCUAGUCAGUGUCACCCAUGACUCCGUCACUCUAGAGUGGAUCCCCGGCUUUAAUGGGGGUUUGCAGCAGCGAUAUCGCAUACGAUACAUCUCGGACCAGUCUGUCAGCUUCAUGUAUGUAGAUGUCGUUCCCCCUGAUACAACAACCUUCACCGUUACCGGUCUGCAGUCUCAGACCACCUACAACUUCUCAGUUAAUGCCCUAAACUCCAUAGGAGAGAGUGGCUAUGCUGACGACGGUGCAGUACUGACCAUCACCACUGAGGUGAAGAAAGAUUUAGAAGAGGAUCAAUCGCAUGAUGACGCACAGGCUCUGAGUGGCCUGUCAACCCAUUUGACUGUGGCCUUCACAGUGGUGUUUGGAGUCCUGCUGGUGUUGAAUUCGCUGGGCUGUUUCUUUGGGCGGAAGUGGAAAAACAGGCGUGACAAAACAAAGGCAGAAAGGGACAGUGUGGUGAAUGGGCAGAAGAGUGAAGAGGAUGUGUCAAGUCAAUCAACUAGCAACUCCAAUAAGUACGAGAGCAGAGAAAAAAUCAACACCGGAGCCCAACGCACCCUCCUCGUUGACACUGGAUCUGAAACAGAGAGCAAAGUCUACGAGAGCUACACAGCGUUUCAGGAAGACUCCCAUUAUUAUUAUCCUACUGGUGACUAUAAACCCUACCAUGGUCCACAUCCUGAGGACAGACAUGGCCUUGGUGCCGUUCCUGUGAACUUUGAAAGCCAUUUGUAUGAAGACGUGGGUGACAGAAGAGUGUACCAGGACACACUGGCUUCCUCUCUUCCUGCCUACCGUCCACUUUUCUCUGAUCACAGACUGGUCCAGCAAGCAGAGGACUGGAGGUCACCAACAGACCCUCAGGGUAUCAAGAGAGACGGGCAGUUCAUGAAUAAUCAACAACCGGAGCGGGAUUAUGAUCUACCCUUCGAGUUGCGAGGAGAAUUAGUCUAGAUUGAGACAAUGCUAUCAAUUAAAUAAUUUAACUCGAUAGUAGGAACUGAGUAAAUUGCUGUAAAGAAGUAUAUACUCCUGUCUUUUUUUUUUCUAGAACUUGAUUUAAAUUAUAUUGAAUGAUUAGAUUAAGAGCAAAAAUAAAUGUAAGUUUUUCAACUUUAAAGUUUUGUUUUUACUUUUUAACCAUUAAAAUAAUAAGUUGAUCUAAUUCACUGACAUAAACUGCAAACUGUUGCUGAGUAGAAGGCAAGAAGAAAGCUACAGUAGAGGAAAGAUUUGAAAGCUUCGGCCCCCUUAUUGCAGUCAGGAAUAUCAACGUGAUAAAUAUUGUUUUUCUUUCAAUAAAUAUCCUUAUAUUACACUAUAAGGUUAGUUUUGACUUCUGCUCCUCUUUUUAUGCCCCCUUCCACUUUCUGCCUCUUUUUUAGAGCCGAGUCAUCGUCAUUACCCUCACUCCCCCCACUGCCUCCUACGGGCCUGCAGGUAGACAUGAAUCAGUCGGUUAGAGAUAGAAAUGAACUGACAUGUGUGCGGUUGGCACUGGAGCAGAAGCAACAGAGGCUCACGGUGCCACCCAAGCAGACAUCAUCCUUUUGACCCAUCUGACAUUAACAUUUUCCAGUGUGUAUCCAGAUGAGAACCUGAUGACAGGGCCCUCUCCCUCCCCCCACCGACUACAAAGACUUUUCAGAUCUGACAGCUGGUCUUACGGAGUCCUUACAAUGGGAUCAUACUGAGCGGUAUUUAGCACAGUUUCAUCUUAAGACGAGAGAAGCCAUAUCUGCGACCAGACUUUAUAAUCCUGUUUUCUCUCAGACUGGAAUUCAGCUUAAAGCAUUGGUAAAGGGGAGAGACCAUGCUGGGAAUUUGCAGUCAGAGAGAAAGAGAGAGACUGAGAAGAGAAAAGGGUUAAGCUAAGCUUCAUAUGUGGCUACUGCAACAAAAAAUAUUCUCUGCUUUAUAGAAAACCAGUACUUUUGGUACCUCUUUGUCAAAUAUCAAAUGGCAUUUACACAAAGAAAAAAAAAAGAAAUUAUUGUG